AUAAUAAUAAUAAUUUAAGUGAUUAAAAUUCAUAAUAUGUUCAAUAAAACUUAUAUAAAUAAACUAUCUCUUUCAUUGACAAACAUUUACUUUUACAAAAUAAUAUUGUAAUUGCCCGAGUUCAGAUAGAACGGGAAUGUAUUCAAGCACAGAUUAAAGUUUAUUCCAAAUAUAUAAUACUAAAAAAAUUUUAAUUAAAUUAAAGCUAAAUACUUUCAUCAUUUUAUUCUUGUAGAUAGUUUUCAAACUACUUUAAAAUGACUCGCGAUUCACGGAAUUUACAGAGCUACUUUUGAUCAAAGUCGAGAAGUAUGAAGUGAAGUUGUAUGCACGUUUCGAAUCGCAUGCAACUUCAAGUGAAAACCACGUGGAGUGUGUAGUUGUGUUUUCAUCGUUCGAAUUAUGUGAUAUUUACUUAAAUAUUCGAAUUUAACAUUAAUUAAUGUGAAGCCUGUGUAGGAGGAAUUAAUUUUGUUCAUUUAUAUAUUAAAACAAGUGUGUGACAGGAUGAAUACAAAGCCAGUCUUUUCAAAACCCGGAGACAGCAUGUGGCAGGAGGAUAAACCGGACAUAGAAGCUCAUUCCUCUACACAAUUCGUUUACAAUGCGAAUCAUUCACUCGCAUUGAAUAUGCAACGCCAAAGGUUACCCACGUUCAAAUACAGAAGUCACAUAAUUUAUUUACUGGAGAAGUAUCAAACGCUGGUCCUGAUUGGUGAAACUGGUUGUGGAAAGAGUACACAAUUACCUCAGUAUCUUCUCGAAUCCGGAUGGUGUUCGGAUGGAAAAAUGAUCGGCAUCACAGAACCGAGAAGGGUCGCUGCGACUUCUUUAGCUAAUCGUGUCGCGGAUGAAAGAAAUUGCAUCUUGGGAACAGAAGUCGGUUAUUCUAUACGUUUCGAUAACUCUACGGAUGAGACGACAAAGAUAAAGUAUAUGACAGAGGGUAUUCUACUUCGCGAGUUGAUGAAUGAUCCAUUGUUAACGAGUUACUCUGUAAUCGUCGUGGACGAAGUACAUGAGAGAACUCUUCUUACAGAUAUUAUCAUGGGACUUAUGAAAAAGAUUAUUAGGAAACGUAAAAGUUUACGAAUAGUUGUUUGUUCGGCGACUGUAGAUGCCGAACAGUUAAGGGACUUUUUUAACACGAACGUAACGAAGGAUUCGGCGAAGGACACGGCGACUAUACUGACGGUCGAGGGUAGACUUUAUCCCGUGGACAUUUUUUACGUGCAAGAACCAGUGGCUAAUUACGUAAACAGUGUCGUCGACACCGUAUUGAAAAUUCAUGAAAAGGGAGAACCCGGCGAUAUCCUUGCAUUUCUGACGGGCCUAGAUGAGGUAGACCAGGCGGUCUCUUUGUUAUCGGAGCAUGCCAAGUUAAUAAAAGAAGGCAAAUUGAAACUCUUGCCUCUGGCCAUGUACGGAUCCCUUCCUAAUUCGGAACAGUUAAAAGUAUUCUGGCGAGCCGCUAAAGAUACUCGAAAAGUUAUCGUAGCGACCAACAUAGCGGAAACCUCUAUUACUAUACCGAACAUCGUUUAUGUAAUUGAUUGCGGCUUCGUAAAGAUUCCUUGGUACGAAACAGAGACCCAAACAAAUUCGUUGGUGAUCGUUCCCGUUUCCAAAGCCUCCGCGAAUCAAAGGGCCGGUCGAGCUGGUCGCACUCGAAACGGAGAAGCUUACAGACUGUACACGGAGGAAGCGUAUACGGAUUUGUUCGAGGCAACGCCGCCGGAGAUGCAACGAUCAGACCUAGCUCCAGCUAUUUUACAACUGAAAGCUCUGGGAAUCGAUAACGUGUUGCGGUUUAAUUUUCCUUCCGCUCCGCCAAGUAAAAAUCUACUAGCUGGACUGGAAUUAUUGUAUGCGCUUGGCGCUAUCGACAGCAAUGGGGAAUUGACGACGCCGUUGGGCGUAACGAUGGCCGAGAUGCCUUUGGAGCCCGUUUUUGCGAAAUCAUUGAUAGUGUCAGGUGAAAUGAGCUGUUCCGAAGAAUUGUCGACGAUCUUAGCCAUGCUGCAAGUUCAAAAUGUUUUUAUCAGACCAGCCGGCGGACAAGCCUCGAUAAAAGCCAGAAUCGCACACAGGAAGUUCGAGGUCGAGGAAGGCGAUCUGUUAACGCUACUGAAUGUUUACACAGCUUACGAGAAAAACAGCAGGACGACCAGUUGGUGUCAGCAAAAUUUUUUAAACAGCAAAGCUUUGAGGAGGACUACGGAGAUUCGUAUUCAAAUGCACUCCAUGAUGAAGAGAUUGGCGAUACCGCUUGUUUCUUGUAAUGGAAACGUGGAACAAAUCUUGAAAUGCAUUACUGCUGGACUUUUCCCGAAAGCGGCUUACUUACAUUAUACCGGGGUAUAUAAAACGGUAAGAGGCAAUAAGGAUCUGUACGUACAUCCAAACAGUUGUUUAUAUACUCUGCAGCAACCUCAAUGGUUCGUAUAUCCACAUUUAACGAUUAAUACCUCUGGCGACUAUCUGUAUAUUAAAAGUUUAUAUUUUUGUCUAAGGGUGUUAUUUUGCGAGGUCUUGCAAACGAAUAAAACGUAUAUGAAGGAUAUCACAGUUAUACAACCAGAAUGGUUGUUAGAGUUAGCACCGCACUUUUACGAGAAAACCGCGCUCGAUUCUAUUUAACGAUGCUUUCUAUAUAUUUCUAAUAAAGUUGACUGAAAAAUGACUAA